UGCGAGGUGAUAAGUUGAAGAAACAUGGCGACGUCUAAUUUGUUAAAGAACAAGGGGUCCCUGCAGUUUGAGGACAAGUGGGAUCUGAUGCGGCCCAUCGUCCUCAAGCUGCUCAGACAGGAAGCCGUCACCAAGCAACAGUGGUUCGACUUGUUCUCAGAUGUCCAUGCCGUGUGUCUAUGGGAUGAUAAAGGACCAGCCAAAAUCCACCAAGCCCUUAAAGAAGAUAUCCUAGACUUCAUCAAACAAGCACAGGCUCGGGUGCUGAGCCACCAGGACGACACAGCGCUGCUAAAGGCCUACAUUGUAGAGUGGAGGAAGUUCUUCACCCAGUGCGACAUCCUGCCCAAACCCUUCUGUCAGCUGGAGAUCACGCUCAUGGGCAAACAGGGCAGCAACAAGAAAACAAACAUGGAGGACAGCAUCGUACGUAAGCUGAUGUUGGACACGUGGAAUGAGUCGAUCUUUUCCAACAUCAAGAGUCGACUACAGGACAGCGCCAUGAAACUAGUGCACGCUGAGAGGCAGGGGGAGGCCUUUGACUCCCAGCUCGUUAUAGGAGUACGAGAGUCAUACGUGAACCUGUGUUCGAAUCCAGAGGACAAGCUGCAGAUCUACAGGGAUAACUUUGAGAAAGCUUACCUGGACUCCACAGAAAGGUUUUACAGAACACAGGCGCCAUCCUACCUGCAACAGAACGGCGUCCAGAACUACAUGAAAUAUGCAGAUGCAAAGCUGAGAGAAGAGGAGAAGAGAGCACUUAGAUAUCUAGAGACACGUCGUGAAUGUAACUCUGUUCAAGCACUUAUGGAGUGUUGUGUGAACGCUCUGGUGACCUCGUUUAAAGAGACCAUCUUGGCUGAAUGUCCAGGGAUGAUCAAACGAAAUGAGACAGACAAGCUGCACUUGAUGUUUUCACUGAUGGACAAGGUUCCCAGUGGGAUCGAGCCCAUGCUGAAAGACCUGGAAGAACAUAUCAUCAAUGCUGGACUUGCAGACAUGGUGGCUGCUGCCGAGACGAUCACUACUGACUCAGAGAAGUAUGUGGAGCAGUUGCUGACUUUGUUUAAUCGCUUCAGUAAGCUGGUAAAAGAGGCCUUCCAGGACGACCCCCGCUUCCUCACAGCAAGAGAUAAGGCUUACAAGGCUGUUGUCAAUGACGCCACAAUUUUCAAACUGGAGCUGCCAAUGAAACAGAAAGGUGUGGGUAUGAAGACUCAGCCAGAGUCAAAGUGUCCUGAGCUGCUGGCAAACUACUGUGACAUGCUGCUGCGUAAAACUCCGCUCAGCAAGAAACUCACCUCAGAGGAAAUCGAGCUCAAACUCAAAGAAGUGCUCUUGGUGUUGAAAUAUGUUCAGAAUAAAGACGUGUUCAUGCGUUACCACAAAGCUCACCUGACCAGGCGCCUGAUUUUGGACAUUUCAGCCGACAGCGAGAUUGAAGAGAACAUGGUGGAAUGGCUGAGAGAGGUUGGAAUGCCUGCCGAUUAUGUGAACAAGCUGGCCAGGAUGUUUCAGGACAUCAAGGUCUCAGAGGACCUCAAUCAGGUCUUCAAAGAGAUGCACAAACACAACAAGCUGGCACUGCCAGCGGACAGUGUGAACAUUAAGAUUUUGAAUGCUGGAGCGUGGUCACGAAGCAGUGAGAAGGUUUUUGUCUCGCUGCCCACGGAGCUGGAGGACCUGAUCCCCGAGGUGGAAGACUUCUACAAGAGGAAUCACAGCGGUCGUAAACUCCACUGGCAUCACCUCAUGUCCAACGGCAUUAUCACCUUUAAAAACGAGGUGGGGCAGUACGACCUGGAGGUGACGACGUUCCAGCUUGCCGUGUUGUUUGCCUGGAACCAGAGACCCCGAGAGAGAAUCAGCUUUGAGAACCUCAAACUGGCCACUGAGCUGCCUGAUGCAGAACUACGCCGCACACUCUGGUCUCUAGUGGCCUUCCCCAAGCUGAAGAGACAGGUGUUGUCGUAUGACCCUCCCGUUAGCUCGCCAAAAGACUUCACAGACAGCACGCUCUUCUACGUCAACCAGGAGUUCUCCCUCAUCAAAAACUCCAAAGUCCAGAAGCGGGGAAAGAUCAAUCUAAUUGGUCGGCUGCAGCUGACCACAGAGCGAAUGAGAGAAGAGGAGAACGAAGGAAUCGUUCAGCUCAGAAUACUCAGAACUCAGGAUUUUGCCUUAGCAGUGAAGGGAGAGGGCGACUUGUAG